UUUUCCACCAGAAUUCUUUAGGAUAGCAUUCUGCCAGCUUUACCCAGAAUUAAGACUUCUGAGGCACUCUGAAAAUGCAAAAUCUCGGUGCCCUUCUACCCCCCAGUUUAAAUGGAUGGGGCCCUGGAAUCAGCAUUUUAGCAAGCCCACCCCACCCCCCAUCCCCCCCCGUUGUGAUGGGAGAAGUUGGCUCGAUAUUUCACUGACUCUUGGACAGUAAUCCUUCCCAGGUGGUUUAUCUCCUUAGGCACACUGCUCCGAGAGAGCAUCUAAUAGUUCAUUCCACAAGUGUUCAUCAUCUAGGGAUAUAGCUAUGAAUGACACAAACAUAGCUCCUAGUGGAGCUCAAUAAAAUACUGUAAAGCAGUAAAGUCAUCAAUAAGCAAGAUAAUUUCAGAUAGUUCUGUAAAGACAAGCAGUGGAAGGUGGGGAAUAAUUAUACAAUGGGUGGUCAGAAUAAGUCUCUCUAGUAGAAGCCAUCAAAGCUGAGACCUAAAUUACCACAAAAGCUGCCCAUGUGAAUAUGUGCAGGAAGAACCUUCUAGGCAUGGGUAACUGCAGGUACAAUGGCCCUUCCUUGGAAAGAUUGUUUUGUAUUAGAGGAACUAAAAGGCCAAAGUAGCUGGAGCUCAGAAAGCCUCAAGGAGAAAGUGGUAGAUGAUGGGGAAGGAGGCAAGAACGAAGCCACACAGGGCCUUGAAAGCCACGGUGAAGAUUUUAGUCUUGACGUUUAGGUAGGUUUGUCCUGUAUCUGGACAAGGAAAUAGAUCAGGCUCAAUUUUCAUGAUCCUGAUUCUGUUCUCUUGUUCUUAAUUCAGUUAUUUUUCUCUUGCUAAACCAUUCCUAAUAGUUCCUCUUUUUGUUUCAACUAUUGUUUUCAGUGUCUUUAAAAUAUAGUUAACUACCCAUAUCUUUUUGGAAGUGGUCAAUGGUAAUAAAUUAUAUGCAGUGUUCAACAAACACUUAAAUGGUAGAAAUAAGUCACAGCCAGGAUUCUUGUAGGGGGAUAUGCCUGUGUUUGUCCUCAGAAAUCCUGUAGUUGUGGUGGAAGCAGGUGAGAGUGACUGACUGCUGCCUCUUAUCUUAAACACGGACACCAGGGUCUGUAGGCUCUUUCCUAGAAGAUAGGCUGUUAAGGGAAUUUAAAGUCUGCAGAUAUCCUGCUUAAUCUUUGUUUAGAAAUCAUGCUUGCCUGCUUUUUUAUGUUCUCUAUUUUAAAAGAGAGAGAGAUGUCCAUCAGUGACCCCAAAUCAGGUAGCAGAGCUGAGAUCAGCUGUCACCCAUGGCCCCCAGCUUCUGCCCUGAGGAAAGUAAUAAAAGGGCUCAGAAUCCCCCCUCCCUAUGCCACAACUUGAAGACAGCCACUAAGUCAUGCUUCUGAAGAUCUUUGCCCUUGGCUGUUGCUGAAGGAGCCACACUAGAUUUGAAGCUCAAGACCUUUUGGACAGUUGAAGAAUCUUGCCUUCAGACCUGGGGCAGGAAAAGUGAGUGGCAAAGAGAUGGAUGAAACUGUUGCCGAGUUUUUCAAGAGGAUCAUCUUGAAAAUCCCAAUGAUUGAAAUGAUGACAAUCCUCAAAACCUGGGGUUUUCUGUCUGAAAAUCAACUGCAGACUGUAAACUUGCGGCAGAGAAAGGAAUCUCUUGUUCAGGACUUGGUUCUGCUUUGUGAGGAGAAGCGAGCAAGUCUCAAUGACGCAGCCCUUUUAGACAUUGUUUAUACUCAAUUUCAUCGGCACCAGAAGGUUUGGGAUGUUUUUCGGAUGAGUAAAGAACCAGGUGAAGACAGUGACCUUUUUGAUAUGGAACAAUUCAAAAGUUCAUUUAAGAAAAUUCUUCAGAGAGCAUUAAAAAAUGUGACAGUCAGCUUCAGAGACGCUGAGGAGAAUGCAGUAUGGAUUCGAAUUGCCUGGGGAACACAGUAUAGAAAGCCAAACCAGUACAAACCUACUUACGUGGUAUAUUAUUCCCAGACUCCAUAUGCCUUCACUUCUUCCUCCCGGCUGAGGAGCAAUAUACCCCUUCUGGGUCAGGCACUGACAGUUGCUAGCAAGCACCAUCAGAUUGUGAAAAUGGACCUCAGAAGCCGAUAUCUGGACUCUCUCAAGGCUAUUGUUUUUAAACAGUAUAAUCAGACCUUUGAAACUCACAACUCUACUACACCUCUACAAGAAAGAAGCCUUGGACUAGAUAUAAAUAUAGAUUCAAGGAUCAUCCAUGAAAACAGAAUAGAAAAAGAGAGAGUCCAAAGAGUGACUGAAGAAACUUUUGGACACUAUCCUCAACCACGACUAGAAUUUGCACAAUAUAAGCUUGAAACGAAAUUCAAAAGUGACUUAAAUGGGGGCAUCUUGGCCGAGAGAGAAGAACCCCUCCGGUGCCUAAUCAAGUUCUCUAGCCCAAAUCUUCUGGAAGCAUUGAAAUCCUUAGCACCAGCUGGUAUUGCAGAUGCACCGCUUUCUCCAUUGCUCACUUGCAUACCCAACAAGGGAAUGAACUAUUUUAAAAUUAGAGAUAAAUAAGAUGUAUGUGGUUUUUUAAGCAUAGCAGCUCCUUCACUAUAUUGCAUACACUGUCAGUUAACAGCUAGCUGAAUAGCUUCUGUCUAUAAACUUGUGUUUUAGAAAUUCUUAAUAUUGACAUUUUAGAAAUGUUCAAUAUAAUUUUUGGUGACUGAGUCUUUCCUCAUCCACUAUGUGUCCCCUCUCUCCCAUAUCCUGCAAAGCACAGCAGUUGUGGGUCUGUAAGAUGUUACAGGAUGUCCUUCUUCUCACUCACUCCUGUCUCUCCUCAGUCCUGGAGAGGUCUGGUUCCAAUUGCUGGUUUCCAGGGAUUUUCUCUUAAGCCUUGGAUCAUGGAAAGAAGCACCAAGGAACUAUACCCAACUCAAAACUUUCUAGGAGAAUCAUAAAAUUGGUCCAUCCAGAGGGUAGAGCUGGGUCCAUUAAGUAAUUAAUGUAGGAGGUAGCAUAUCACAUGAUCCCCGUUAUAUAAAAUAAUGGUUUUGUUGUAAAUAUGAUACUUUUCAUAGUCUGUUUUAUCAUAUGUAUGGCAUUCAAACUGACUAAUAUUAUACUGAUUUGUGAAUAAAGAUAUUUAAAAACUGGUA